UUCGCAGAACUGUGCGGGCGACAGGUUAUUCUCUGUGAUUGUGAAGCACUUUGUAGAAGGUUCUUUUCAGGCACUGACUGGGCAGUCCAGCUGAAGACCUCUGCUUCCGCCCAGGAGGUUGGGUCCCAAGAUGGAGUCUCCGUUGGCGGUAAAUUCAGGGACUAGUCUGUGGGGUCCUUACAAAGACCUUUGGCACACCGUGGACAAUGCGCUGCUCAGGCGACAACCUGACGCUAUACAGCUACUGGACCUCGUCUUAAAGAAACACAAACCAGACUUCAUAUCCCUCUUCAAAAACCCCCCAAAAAGUGCCCAGCAGCAUGAAAUGAUUAAAAAAGCCAGCACAGAGGGCAUCGCCAUCAUAGGCCAGCAGGGUUCCAGACUCCUUCCAGAGCAGCUCAUCAAGGAAGCUUUCAUCCUCAGUGACUUGUUCAACAUUGGAGAGAUAGCAGCUGUGGAGCUUCUACUCGCUGGAGAACAUCAGCAGCCUCAUUUUCCUGGCCUGACACGAGGGUUGGUUGCCAUUCUCCUUUACUGGGAUGGAAAGAACUGUAUCGCCAGCUCGUUACGCGCUCUCAUGCAGUCACGCAAAGGCAAGACCUUCACCCUGGAACUCAGUCCGGAGUUGGUGUCCAUGACAACUCGCUUCACCGAUGAUCUGAUGGAGAACGGCCUGACUCACAAGAUCCUUGAUCUGCUCUCGCAAAUUGACGUUAACAACGAGUUUGAGAAGCUGCAGAAAGAGAGGGGCUUGGGCAGUGAGAAACACCGCAAGCAGGUUUCAGAUCUAAUCAAGGAAUGUCGGAAAUCGUUGUCAGAAAGCCUCUUCUUGUGGUCCUGUCAGUCUCCCCUGUCCAAGGAGAAUACGCUGCUUCUGAUCGGACACCUGGAGAAAGUCACGUUGGAAGCCGACGGCACGCUGCACGCUGUUAACCUGACCCUCCUCAUGGCUCUCCUGUACUGCUUAGAUGUAGGAUUUCUGGAUCAGGGGACGGAAGACCGAGAAGAACUGAUUCAUCAAACGCCUCUUCUUACCGAAAGGCAAUACAUAGCAGCCAUUCACAACCGACUGCAGGACAGCCAGCCGUGGAAGCUCCCGGGCCUUCAGGCCACCGUCAGACUGGCGUGGGCGCUUGCACUUCGAGGGGUGUCUCAGUUAUCUGAAGUCACAGCAUUGACAGAGUUUGCUGAAGCCGACGAAGGCAUGGUAGAGCUGGCUAUCGGAGGCAAUGCCUUCCUUUUCCUCACAGAUGCGGUGGUGGGGUCAGAAGGCUUCUGGCCGGAGGAAUUCUUCAUUCGCAGGGUUCAUAAACUUGUUACAGAUUUCCUCACGCUGAUGCCUAUGAAAGUGAAGCAGCUGAGAAAUCGGGCCGAGGAAGACGCCAGGUUGAUCCACAUGAGUUUCCAGAUGGGUAACGAGCCCCCUACAUCGCUCCGUCGAGAUCUGGAGCACCUAAUGAUAUUGAUUGGGGAUUUGUAUAAGAAAGAUCCAUUCAACCUUGAAUUGGCUUUGGAAUACUGGUGUCCUUCAGAACCUCUCCAAACCACAACCCUGAUGGGGUCUUUCCUUGGGGUAGCUCACCAGAGACCCCCGCAACGUCAGGUUGUUCUAUCAAAGUUUGUAAGACAGAUGAGCGAUCUGCUUCCAUCCACGCUUUACAUACCUUACCUGAAGAUGCUGCAGGGUCUGGCCAGCGGCCCCCAGUGCGCACAUUACUGCUUCAGUCUCCUGAAAGCCAACGGUGGGGGGCAUGAUAACACCCAGGCAGGCGUUGGGAGUCCAGUGUCCUGGGAACACUUCUUCCACUCUCUCAUGUUAUAUCACGAGCACCUGCGGCGGGACAUGCCAAGCUCGGACAGCAUACACCAGCGUCACCCGCUGCUCCGAGGAAUCACCCAGCACGAGCUGGACGGGCUCACCGCUUGCUUGCAGCUGACCACCAUAAUCAUCGAAUGGAGUGAAAGCGCCAGACUGGCUCUCUGUGAGCAUGCCCAGUGGAUGCCCGUAGUUGUGAUCCUUGGCUUACUGCAGUGCAGCAUCCCACCUGUUCUCAAGGCUGAGCUACUGAACACUCUGGCAGCGUUUGGGAAGUCGCCAGAGAUAGCUGCUUCUCUUUGGCAAUCCCUGGAAUAUACCCAGAUUUUGCAAACUGCAAGAGUUCCGGGUCAGAGGCAAGCGACGGGCAUCGAGGUGGAACUGAAUGAAAUUGAGUCGCGUUGUGAGGAAUACCCGCUGACCCGAGCAUUCUGCCAUCUGAUCGGUACCUUAGUGGAGAGUUCUAUUCCAGCCAACCUCGGGGCCGGUCUGAGAGCCCCUGGCUUUGAACCCUAUCUCCAGUUUCUCCGAGAUACGGUAUUCCUCCGUUUCCACACCAGAGCCUACAGGAGACCCGCAGAAAAGUGGGAGGUCGCUGAAACCGUUCUGAACGUCUUUUACAAGCUCCUUAGAGACUACGAGCCCCAGCCUGAAGACUUUGUGAAUCAGUUUGUGGAACUGCAGGGGGAGGAGAGAGUCGCUUACAAACCCCCGGGUUUCAACCUGAUGCACCAUCUGCUCAAUGAAUCUCCCAUGUUGGAGCUUUGCCUUGGCCUACUGGAAGAGGGUGUCACUCAGCUGGACACCUACGCACCUUUCCCAGGUAAAAAGCAUCUGGAGAAAACCGUGGCGUAUUGCUUCAUGCUCCUUAAUCUGACGCUGCAGAAGGAAAAUCUUUUCAUGGAUCUGCUGCGGGAAAGUCACCUGUCUCUGAUUGUCACCCCCUUGGAGCAGCUCCUGCAAGGCAUUAACCCUCGCUCCAAAAAGGCAGACCACGUGGUGAAUAUUGCUAGGUACCUGUACCACGGCAACGAUAAUCCGGAACUGGCCUUUGAGAGCUCAAAGAUUUUAUGUAGUAUCUCCUGUAAUCCAAACAUCCAAGCGAAACUCGUAGGAGACUUCACCCAGGACCAGAAAGUUAGCGAGAAGCUGAUGGCCGGGUUUGUGGAAUGUCUGGACAAUGACGACUCGGAGGAGUUCGAGAACCCUAUUGAGGAUACCGAAAUAGAGAAGAAACGAGGGGCGCUCCGCCACAAGACUAAAAUUCACAUCCUUAACCUCCUGAUCACCUCGCUGGAGAUGAAACCCCCCAACCUUGCCCUUUAUCUUCUCGGCUUUGAACUGAAGAAACCUGUCGGUACCACGAACCUUCAGGACUCAGGUGUAUUAGGAUGCCCGAGAACCUGUCUGCAUUCCAUUUUGAAUAUCCUAGAACAGGGAACAAAAGAGCGGGCCGGCCCGACCGCAGUAUGGGAUACUCCGCAGCUUGCCGAACUCUGUUAUCAGGUUAUCUACCAGCUCUGUGCCUGCAUGGAGACCUCCGGCCCCACCAUGCGCUACCUCCGCACAAGCCAAGACUUUCUGUAUACUCAGCUCCAGCACCUUCCCUUCUCUGUGAAAGAGCAUGAGAUUUCCGCCUUGAAUCAAAUGUCUUGGCUCAUGAGGACGGCUUCCAUAGAGCUUCGGAUUACGUCGCUAAAUCGCCAGCGUUCCCACACACAGAGACUUCUGCAUCUGCUCCUCAACGACAUGCCCGCGAAACCCCACGCAGCUGACGGGGAAGCAAGUAUGGAUGAAGAAAGCCGGGUUUUUGGUGUCUCUUUUUAUUCCGACGUCACUUCGAAAGUUCGUAGGAAAAUCCUGAACAUCUUGGCCUCCAUAGACUUCAGCCAGGAGAUCCCGGAGCCCUUACAGCUGGACUUCUUCGACCGCAACCAAAUAGAGCAAGUCAUAGCUAACUGUGAACACAAGAAUCGCAGGGGCCAAACCGUAUGCAAUGUGAAGCUUUUGCACCGGGUUCUGGUCGCAGAGGUAAAUGCUCUCCAAGGAAUGGCAGCCAUUGGACAGAGACCUCUGCUCAUGGAAGAGAUAAACACUAUCCUUCAGUACGUGGUGGAAAGGAACCGGCUUCUACAGUGUCUCCACGCCAAGCGUCACGCGCUGGAGUCCUGGAGGCAGCUGGUGGAAAUCAUUCUGACGGCCUGUCCCCAGGACCUCAUACAAGCCUCGCAGCGCCAGCUGAUCAUCAGAGACCUGCUUCAGGACGUGCACAACAAGAUCCUGGAUGAUGAUGCCACACCUGAGCUGAUGCCGGUAGUGGCCGGAGUCGUUUUUACCUUGACCGCUCACCUAAGUCAGUCGAUCCGUACCGAGCAGAAGCAGCCGCUGGCGGCCCCAGGGUUGAGCCAGUCGCAGUACGUCCCGCUGCUGGACGACCUCUUCGCGGCACCUCCUGGACCCGAAUCCCUGUUUUCGGGAUAUGCCUCCAUUGGAGAAUCCUCGCUUCACACAAUCCUUCAGAAGCUGCUAGAGUUCGUCCUGAAGACAGGCGGGGGCUACCAGCGAGUGCGGGCUCACCUGUACGGAUCACUGUUGUAUUACCUGCAAAUCGCACAAAGACCUGAUGAGCCGGACACUCUAGAAUCAGCUCAAAAUACAAUGUGGGAGCGACUGACCGCCCCGGAAGAUGUAUUCGCCAAGCUCCAGCGGAAAAACCUCUCUAUUUUUGAGAGCUACGGCACGGCGCUAAUGGAGGUUGUUUGCCGAGAUGCCUGUGACGGCCACGAGAUAGGAAGGAUGCUAGCGCUUGCUCUGCUGGACCGGAUCAUCUCGGUGGACAAGACACAGCAGUGGCUCAUAUAUAUUUCCAACAGCGGCUAUUUAAAGGUCCUAGUGAACAGCCUGGCGCAGGAUGACGGGACCUUGCAGAACCUGCUCAAUCCACAGCCGCCUCUGCUGAAGGCGCUGUAUAUAUACGAAUCCAAAAUGGCGUUCCUGACCCGUGUGGCUAAAAGUCAACAAGGAGCCCUGGAGUUACUGAGGAGUGGAAUCAUCGCUAACUUGGCAUCGUUACGUGUGUUUGGAAUGCGUCCCGAAACCAACUCCCAUGGUGCGUUUGGAAUGAGAGAGGCCUCUGCGUUCAUCCCCGGUCCUGUGGAAAGACACAGACAGAUCUUACUACCUGCGCUUCAGCUCUGUCAGGUGAUCCUGACCUCUAGUACCGCUCAGCCGUUACAGGCAGCUGGACAGGUCUUGCAGUUCCUGGCUACUCAUUUGGACACGAUACAUGCGAUACUCAGGAGCCCAGAAGGAAGUCUCGGCUCCUUGCAGGAACUUGCUUUACUUACAGGCAUCAUCAGUAAAGCUGCGCUCCCAGGUGUUGUCACCGAGAUGGACAACAAUGUGAACGAGGGGUCAUUGAUGGAAUUUCAAGGACAUAUCAGACGUUUCCAGCGUCAGUGUCUUGGAUUACUGAACCUUUUUGGUGGGUCCGACAAACUCCGUCAGUUCUGUCUGCAGGACGACCUCUCUCAGGUGGACAGGGCCAGCAAGAGAGAUGAAAUGGAGCUCGCCGUACAGCAGAUCUGUUCCAAUGUCAUGGAGUACUGCCAAGCCCUUAUGAUACAGAGCUCGCUGACCUUCACGCAGUCCGCCUGCCUGUUCACCCCCAGCCUGAUCGAAAGCACCAGCAGAGACGGCUCCAGGCCAGACUCCCUAUCUGUCCUUCAAUCCUCCCGCUUACCCGGCUUGGGAAUUGUGUUCUACUUGCUGAAGCAGAGCGCCAACGACUUCUUUACGUAUUACGACAUCCACCGGCAGAGCGUCGGUAAACUGCAGAACGUGGAGCAGCUCCCGCCGGACGAGAUUAAAGAGCUGUGUCAGGCUGAGGUGUCCAUCGGCAUGGAUAAAAUGUCCACCACGCAGAAGUAUGCCAUAGCCCGACGGCGACUGGUUAAGCUCAUCAACAACAGAGCCAAGCUUCUGUCUCUCUGCUCAUAUACUAUAGAAACUUGUUUGUUCGUUCUUUGGUGGCACCUGGAGUAUUAUUUGCUUCACUGCACCCCGAGCGAUCCGCAGGAUUCUCUCUUUUCAAAUACUACCUUCGGCAGCAGAAGAUUUCAGGAUACACUAAAUACAGAUCCCAACGCGGAUAAGCGCAACAGAGUAAGUCAGCAGGACCUCGACAUGCUGAAGGCUGAAGGGGCAAAUCUCUUCGGGGAAACUCUGCAGAAGCGACUCUUGGACAUCGAAAGCCUCUACUGUAAAGUGCGAUCCCGUCACAGUUUCAUCCAGGCGUUGGUCCGGAGGAUAAGAGGUCUCUUAAGAGUAUCGAGGGGUUGACUGUACCCCUCCCAAAAAAUAAAACUUCAGAUUAUCUUUCCGGUUUCUAAAUUAUGGACUUUUUCACUUUUUUUGAACCCAAAUGAAAAAAGUAUAUUAUGUGAUACGUUUUAUACAGAGACAAAUUAAAACACGUACAACUUCAGUCUCAUGAA